CUCUCCACCGCCCUGCAAGCUGGCCUUGCGGCCGCAUUGGGCAACGCGGUCGUGAGCAACCGCUGCAACUACGACAUCUGGCUCUGGAGCGUCCAACAGGGGUCCUCCUCUGGUCCAGUCCAAGUUCCUGCUCGUUCUAAGUACACUGAGGCCAUUCGCAGCGCCUGCGAGGGCUGCGGUUCCUCGCUCAAGAUCAGUAAGAGCGAUCAGUUGGUAGACGGGCAACAGACACAAUUCGAGUACAGCAUUGCCGAUAGUAGCAUCUGGUACGACAUCUCUUUCGUCGAUUGCGCAAACGGCGAGGAUGCGAGCUCCUGUCCAGGCCAUGAUGAAGGCCUUUCGAUAGUUGGCUCCACCUCGGCCUGCGAAACUGCCAACUGCGCCGCUGGAAGCUAUUGCCCAACGCAGAUCUACUACGUCGAUGUUCCGACGCAGAAACUGGGUCUUGCAGACCCAGUAUUUGGUUGCCCUGGCCAAGGUACCGAUAUGGAUCUUUAUAUGGACUUGUGCAGCGGCGAGGCUUCCCUGAAGCGCAGCAUUGCUGGCAGGAUUGCUGUUGAC